CAAUGAGGGCAGCUGCAGCAGUGAACCGUGGUCAGCUGCCACGCCACAGCUUCCUCCACCCUCUUGGCCCAGCACACACACACUUCCUCCAGAGAGAGCGAGGUCAGCAGGCAGCUAAAUUUAGUGCCAUGAGCCUUGGCUUACACCCAGCAGCAGUAUAAAAGGCAGUGCUUGAGCCUGUAGAGCAGAUUAGAACCAGCUCACAGACUGAGAGCAAGCAGCAGCUACGACUGACAGCAAGAAAGCUUCAGCACUACAUCACCUCUCACGCAACUCAACACAUAACAUCAGACAAUAACAGCAUGAAGCCCAGAAGACUGCUCUUGUCCAUCGCUCCUCUGCCCACCAUAACUGAGACAUAUGAAGAUGCCUCUCAGGUGGGAUGCCAAACCAGCCCUUCACAAUCUCUGGAGGACUAUGUCAACUCCAUUAAAGAGCUGGCCCAGCCGGCCUGUGGCCCAGUGAGGGUAGCACGGACUCCGAGGCCUCGCAUGUUCUCCAAGCCUCUGGGCAAACACUCAGCCACCAGCUCACCCCGCUGCUCCUCCAGGACCCCACGGACUCGUACCACUUCACUGGGCUUGGACGAGCUCACACAUCGCUUUAGCAGUCAGAAAGACUCGUGUAGUAGGGACCCGCUGGACUGGCUCUUUGCACAGACGCAAGACGAUCUGCACAGGACUGAUGGUGCACCGGCUGCUUUGAGGUUAAUCUAAUAACCUGCAGCCAUAAAAGCAGACACACUGCAAUGGAGCUAAUGUGUUACUGUGGACUGAGGAACCAAACCAGGAUGAUGUGACCUGGAAUAAUAAUAUAAUAAUAAUAAUAAUAACUUAAUUUAUUUGUUUGAUCAGGGACUUUGGCCCCUGUGUGCUUAUGUUUACACUCUGAAGAUCUUUUUUCUAUUCCUUUUUUUAAAAUAAAAUACAAAACAUUUUGGAA